CAGGAAUGCUGGGUAAAGUUUGAACCAGAAAUGAAAAUCAUCAGAUCAUAUCUCCAACUACUUUUAACAACCCAAAUAUGAAGUAAAAGCGAAUAGCAGUUUUCCAUCAUGGAGCUUGUAGGCUCUACUUUAACGGCAACUUACGCCCACCCAAGAUCAACACCUACUAACUUCCUACCAGCUAUCAGCACCAUGGCAUCGAGCUAUAAGAACCGGUUCCCUCACUACUCUUUGACCCAUAGCUUGAGUCUUCCAUGGCGACCCAGCACUUAUUAUAAAGUAGCAGCCAUCACUCCUACUUUGGCUCCCUUCUCCAAAAGUUCCCAAGGGUUAACCCAAAGCAAGAUGCUUCCCUUUGUUUCCAAUAGAACAGCGCUUUUCACCAGGUAUACCCCGGAUGACUGGUACAGAUCCAACCUGACCAAUUACAAAGAGUCAGAGACAUCCCGGCACAGCGCAGAGAGGCUAAGGGUGGACACAUCCCGCAUGAUCCAGGACAAAGAUCAGCAAACAAGGAAAACCCAAACAGACACUACCAAAAAUUUGGGAGAACGGGUCAACGAUAUAGUAUUUUGGAAAUCAGAGCUCAACCACGAGAUAGAUGAGAUGAUUGGGGAGACCAAUGUUCUUACAGACAUGAAGAAACGAUUGGAAAGGGCCUUGGCUGAAACAGAAGGUCCUCUCCAGGUAGCCCAAGAGUGCUUACUUCAUCGAGAGAAGAGAAUGGGAAUCGACCUAGUCCAUGAUGAUGUGGAAAAACAGCUGUUGACAGAAGUUGACGUCAUCAAGUCGUGUCAGGAGAGGAUGAAACGCCACCUGGAUAAGGCGAUAGCCCAGCUUGCAUCCGACAGGGCAGCCCAGCACGAGCUGGAGAAAGACCUUAGUGAUAAGCAAGCAGCUCACCGGAUCGAUGAUAAGUGUCACCAUCUAAGGAACACUUCUGAUGGCAUCAGUUACUACAGAGGAGUGGAGCGGGUUGAUGCUAUGAUCUCUGUGCCAGAGACCUGGGCCAAGUUUACAGAUGAUAAUAUUCUACGCUCCCAGAGCGAACGAGCUGCCUCCUCCAAACUGAGGGAUGAUAUUGAAAACUUGCUGGUUGUGACUGCAAAUGAGAUGUGGAACCAGUUCAACAGAGUGAACGUCGCGUUCACUAAUCGCAUCUCUGAGACAGCGGAUGCCAAAAAUAAGAUCCAGACACAUCUGGCUAAGACGCUACAAGAAAUCUUCCAAACAGAGAUGACGAUAGCAGCCAUUCGAAAAGCCAUCAGAGACAAAGGGCCACCAUUAAAGGUGGCCCAUACCCGCCUGGACGAGCGCACACGGCGGCCAAACGUGGAGCUGUGCCGGGAUUCCACCCAGUUACGCCUGGUUAAUGAAGUCCAUGAAAUCGAUGACACCAUCCAGAACCUUCAGCAGAGGUUGAGGGACGCAGAGGACACCUUGCAGAUGUUAGUCCACACCAAAUCUAAUCUGGAGCAUGACCUGGCUGUCAAAGCCAACUCCCUGUUCAUUGAUCAGGAGAAGUGCAUGGGGAUGCGUAAGACCUUCCCCAACACUCUGAGGCUGGUGGGGUAUGCAUAGGCCAAUAUAGCCCUGAAGCUGCUCCUGCACUGAUUAAUGAAAGCACAUAUGGAGGGGGUUUCCUUGGUGGUACUACGGUGUUUUAAUAAUAUGGGGUUAUAUUUUCAUGUAUUACAGGAUGCACUAAUAGGAAUUAAAUUAUCACUUUCUGUGUGAGACUGUGUGUUGGGAGACUCCCCCCACCCCACCCCAUUGGUGGCUCUACUUAUUCAUAGAAUGUGCAGAAACUAUCUGAAAGGAAAAAGAACAGGAGUACUUGUGGCGCCUUAGAGACUAACAAAUUUAUUAGAGCAUAAGCUUUCGUGGACUACAGCCCACUUCUUCGGAUGCAUAUAUGCUCUAAUAAAUUUGUUAGUCUCUAAGGUGCCACAAGUACUCCUGUUCUUUUUGCGGAUACAGACUAACACGGCUGCUACUCUGAAACCUAUCUGAAAGGGUGCUAUUUGACACUGAGAGAAAUACCACUCCAUAGUGGGAAUUAUUCCUGUCGUCUCAACCUGUAAUUUUAGAAAUCUAAAAUUGCAGAGUCUCUCGCCUUUGUUUCUCGCUAGUGGGGAAAAAAAGCAGAAGUAAAACUAAAAAUACUCGGCAAUUAGAGUAAUUAGCUGUUGAUAUUGAUGAUGUAUUUUUAGGCAUGCAGCAGGAUAAACAAAAAUUAUUGUGACAGGUUUCAGAGGGGUAGCCGUGUUAGUCUGUAUCAGUAAAAACAAUGAGGAGUCUUUGUGGCACCUUAGAGACUAACAAAUUUAUCCCACAAAAGCUUAUGCCCAAAUAAAUUUGUUUUUACAAAUUA